GUACUCUCUCCAAAAAAAAAAUAUAAUUGGUUCUUACCAAAAAAAAUUCAAUUGGCCCAACCCUUUAAUUUAAUUGUGUAUUGCUGAAAAAGAUUCCUGUCCUUGGUUUAGAAUCUGCAAAUUUUCACAUUACCAACACCUUAUCCUCUGCUAAAAAAAAAAAAAAAAAAUAUUAAUUUCUUGACUUUAUUUAGUUUUUUUCAUACCCAAAAAUAUCUUCUAAACUGUAUAAAUUGACAAGAAAGGUUCUCUAUUUUUCUGGGCAUCAUUUCCUUCUUCAUCCCCUUAAAAAAAAUUGUAGCUUUACUAGUUUUGAUUGAAGUUUUUCAGGGGAUCGAAGAUGGCCGCCUUUUUUCUGGGUUUUUCUCUGCUUCUUCUACUUGCUCCUUCGGUUAUUGUGGCCGAAUCAGUUUCUGAGCUGAAGCUGAACUCCAACCUUCUCCAGGACUCAAUAGUCAAUUCAGUAAAUACAAAUCCAAAAGCUGGAUGGAAGGCUGGCAUGAACCCGCGAUUCUCUGAGUUUACACUUGGCCAAUUCAAGCGCAUCUUAGGUGCUAGACCAACCCUGGAGAGUGAGAAGAGGAAUAUUCCUCUAGUGCAUCAUGACAGGUCCUCGAACUUGCCAAAAGAGUUUGAUGCCAGAAAAACAUGGUCUCAAUGUAGCACUAUUGGCAGAAUUCUUGACCAGGGUCACUGUGGUUCUUGUUGGGCAUUUGCUGCUGUUGAAGCUCUUUCAGAUCGUUUCUGCAUUAAUUAUGGCAUGAACAUCUCAUUAUCAGUUAAUGAUCUCUUGGCAUGCUGUGGGUUCUUGUGUGGAGCCGGAUGUGAUGGUGGGACACCCAUCUAUGCCUGGCGCUAUUUUGUUCACCAUGGUGUUGUCACAGAAGAGUGUGAUCCAUACUUUGACACCACUGGUUGCUCCCAUCCAGGUUGUGAGCCCGGUUACCCUACUCCCAAGUGUGUAAGGAAAUGUAUGGGUGGCAACCAAUUAUGGAGACAAUCAAAGCACUAUGGUUCAAAUGCCUACAGAAUUAAAAAAGACACAUAUCAGAUCAUGGCUGAACUCUACAAGAAUGGACCUGUUGAGGUGGCUUUUGAUGUUUACGAGGAUUUUGCUCAUUACAAAUCAGGAGUUUACAAGCACGUGACUGGACAAUACCUUGGAGGACAUGCUGUGAAGCUGAUUGGAUGGGGGACUACUGCUGAAGGAGAGGAUUAUUGGCUACUCGCAAAUCAGUGGAACAGAAGCUGGGGCGAUGACGGAUACUUCAUGAUCAGCAGAGGAACCAACGAAUGUGGCAUUGAAGAAGACGUGGUGGCUGGCUUGCCUUCACCCAAGAACUUGUUCAAGGUGGUAGGCGAAUCAGAUGAUGGUGUUUCUGCCUCCAUUUAAGCGAUGUGAUUAUUGCUCUCAUUGAUUGGCUUAUAUAACAUAUUUCAAAUCUGCAUCGUUGUAGGAAAUAUACACUAUUUGAUAUCUAAUGUUCAUUGGCAGCAAAUCAUAUUUGUAAUUUGUGAUUCAGAACAUUAAUGAAGAUCUUAGUUCUACAGGACAUGAUUCUUCAGAAUAAUUCUCAGUAGUCUAUAUGUAAAUGUCUUAUUAAAGAAGAAUACUGUUUGUUAUUAACCAAAUUAUCAAAGGGACACACCACUCCUUUUAAGUUC